AAAACAUUAAAUUUUUAUACAUCACUUCAUUACAAAAGAUUUUUAUUGAUUAAUUUUAAUUAAACUUAAGUAGCUAUUAACAAUACAUAAAGAAAAUCAAGUACGACUGUUUGUUUGCUUAUAUCUAAAGUGACAGAUUUUACGAUAGACAAGACAUUUCAUUUACUUACACAAAUUGAAUAACAGCAUGAAUAUACCAUUUCCAAUAUUAACUCCACGGUUAAUAGACUCAAAAUGGUUUAAUGCAGAUAGCCCGUGCGAUGAAGAACAAGAACUGUCGGCGUUAGAACAAGAACAUCAGCAAUGGCUAAAUUCAAUUGGGCAGCAGUAUAUGAAGCGUGCUCCACUUGGCAAAACUGACCCAGAACCAAUGGAAGAAGAAGCAGACACUGACGAGGAGGAAGGAAAUGAUGAAUCAGAUGAAUCGGAGGAAUCCCAUGAUGAGGAUGAAGAAGAAGAGCUCAGGACUUCAUAUUCCCCUGCAAGAAAUAACAAUGAACUUGAACCUGACAGUUUAGAUGAUCUCAAUGAUGCACCUGACCCGGACUUGAUUGCAUCUGACCAGAGUGCUAUGUAUUAGUUUCUUAAAAGUAUUUAAAAAACAGACUGUGUAACGUGAUACAGACUUAACUCUCACUGAAGAUGUAUUAUUUUGAUGAGUCAUCCUAAAUUGAUAUUAAUUACCUAUUUAUUUAUUUGGUCAAUAGUUAAACUGAGUAAACUUUGCUUUGGACUGUUGAGGGGUUAUAGAAAAACAUAACUUCUGGGAUUUAGUCUGCAUAUUGUAUAUACAUUUAUAUGGAAAAUAAGAAGAACCACAAGUUUAUGGAAGAGAUCCCACUUAGGGAUAAGCUCGACUUUGUACUGUACUACUGUUUUAUAUUUGUAAUGUAAUCCUUAAGUGAACUUACUUACUUUAUUAAUUUCUUUUAGGAUUCUAUUGAGUUGUAUUAUCAUCCACAUUCCGUAAAUUGAUAAACUUAUAGAACUCACAUGUGAAAUAAUAUGAAGCAUUAUCUUCAUAUUAUUUCACCGUCUUCAUCUUAAAGUAUUAAACACUCACUGAAUAUAUCUAUGUAAAGCCAAACAACUUAAGAGAUUGGAAAUUAGAUAUGUAGGUUCCUAAUGUGGUCCAUAAUGCACUAAGAUAGAAUAUCUCAAAAUACCCACAAACUUGAAUUAUGUAACAAAAUUUUUUUUUCUUGCGGGUGGAAUUUUGGGUAUAGUCUUGUUCUAUUAUUUGCUGUUAGUCAUCAAUAUGUUUUAUUAUAAAGCCCUACUACAAAAUUAUAAAUGCUUAAGUAACUCUGUCUAUUACGCUUUCACCCCUAAUUCAAAAUUUU